GUUACAUAGCAACAACAAUGUAGGCCCCUACGUAAAUUAUUUAUAUUAUAAACACCGAACAAAAUCUCAAAUUAAAAACAAAAGAGAUUGCUCAACUACUUAUGGGAUCGGCUUUGUCGAAGUCGGGGCUAAAACCGCUUCCGUUCUGUGGAUCAUUGGUUGAAAGAUCAUCUCAAAAAGUAUCCAGCACCCAUAGCAAGCCUAAGGACGAGGAUGUCCCGACAUGGAUGUUAACACCAGAGUCGAGUCUAUCGCCCAUCAGCGGUGUCUCAUCCACCACGCUGGAUAUCAGCUGCGAUCCGUCCAGUGAAAAUACUCCCUCGUUUUUCCCAUCAUUUGAUUCAGUAGCAGAAAGGCCAGAGAGUCGUCAAGAAAGACCAUCAAUACACGUACAAGACGGUACACCAGGGCUACUAAGUCGUCGAGGUGCACGAUCAGAGUCGACAACCCGCGAAAAUACAUCAUCCGUACCAAAAGAAACUCAAAAUACGCCCUCGAUAAACUGUUCGGCCAGCCCACUACUGCCAGUAAGUCGUCUGCAUAGAUGUUCGAAAUCGGAGCCACAAGUGAAUGGAGUAGACUUCCUGCUGCCGGGAGUUUCGACCCCAUGUGGUCUUCGGCGCUCAAAGCAGAAAACUAUGCAUAGAAAUCCUAAAAGAUCGUGAGUCAACGGCGACAAGGCUGAAGGUUGAUUGCAUGCCACCAUCCACUCUUACGUGCAUUACCGUGUCAGAAUGUAAAGUAUGUCAUAGCAUCCAGAGAAAUAAGAGACUUCAAUUUCUAUACAGUACAGUGGCCAAUCCACGUGCAAAAACAAAUAAUAGAGGUUGAUCACAAACAUUCUGAGUUUUACCCACCCGUAAACCAGAACAUCGUGCCAUUUUGCUUUUAUAUAUAUAUAUAUAUACCCAUUUUCAAGUGACAGCACAUCAUAAUGCACAGCUUCUGCUACAGGCAGAAAGAAAGAUUUAGGCAGGCAUUUAUUGAAACCCUAAUCCCUCAACUCAACUGGACUGUUCUAAGUGUCACAGGUUUGGUGUCAAAAGCAGACGUGGAUCACGGUGGAUGGAAAGAAAUAUACAUAGAAACCUAGAAACGUUAAAGGAAUGCUAAAGCAAGGCUUUUGGACUGGUGUGCAUAUUCAUCGAUAUAUAAAUACACAUUAUUGCUUAAUAUCAACAAGUAUAAUCGUAUAGUUAAUUAAUAAGACGGUUAAAUGUGA